GAACAAGUGAGUUAUUUUGAGAAGAGUAGAGAUUAUAUGAUAAAAGUGAUUGGUGAAAAUGGUGCAAAAGAAAUGUUGAAGAAGGCAAUGUUCACAAUCACAAUUGGGUCAAAUGAUAUAUUAAAUUAUAUCCAACCAUCUAUACCUUUCUUCUCGCAAGACAAGCUCCCCACUGAUGUCCUACAAGAUUCCAUGGUGUUCCAUUUGACCACACAUCUUAAGCGUUUGCAUCAACUAGGAGCUAGGAAGUUCGUGGUGGUUGGAGUAGGGCCACUCGGUUGCAUACCAUUUGCUCGUGCCUUGAAUUUAAUACCGGCAGGAAAAUGCUCCGACCAAGUCAACCAAAUUGUCCGAGGCUACAACAUGAAGCUUAGAGACUCUCUUAGGACAUUGAACACAGAGUUAAGAUCCGGAGAUCACAACACUACAUUUGUCUACGCCAACUCUUACGACCUUUUCUUGGAACUGGUCCUGAACUAUCGACAAUUUGGUAAGUAUUGGUGUUUUGGCUGAUUCUAGUCACUGAUUUUAUUGACUAGAAUCUAAUGAAAUUGUUUGGAAGGCUUGGAGAACGCCGACAAACCGUGUUGUGGCGGCUACUUUCCACCAUUUACGUGCUUCAAGGGACCAAACCAGAACUCAAGCCAAGCGGCUUGUGAGGAC